AUGGGUGGCUGCAUGCACAGCACCUGGGACAACACAAUCCACUCAAGAGGGGAGCCCAGUCCUUCUGAAGCCCCAGCACCCACUUCAGCACCUAACAAAAUGCCUAAAAGUGUUUCAAUAACUAAGCAACUGGCUUCAAUAAAAGCUUUGAAGAAGGGAUCAGAUCUGGAAAAAGCCAUUGCUACUAUUGCUCUGGUUUUCAGAAAUGCUUCUGACCCUGAUGGUAAACUUGGGAAAGCCACUGCCAAGAAUCUGCUACAAACCCAAUUUAGGAAUUUCACAGAGAGAGAAGAAACCAAGCCAAAAUACCGAGACAUCCUUUCAGAGCUUGAUGAGCACAUAGAAAAUAAACUGGACUUUGAAGACUUUGUGAUCUUGCUCCUGAGCCUCACCAUCAUGUCAGACCUGCUACAAAAUAUAUGGAGUGAAAAUACUAUGAAAUAA